GUCCGUUUUUUCAACGGUUCCCUCCUCAUAAAAUACGCUCUUGCGAUCGCCACACGUUUCUCUGCACACUAACCCCCGUCCGUGUUUCCAUUGUUCUCGCUGCUCGGCUGCGGCAUCUACUCUCCUCUCGACGGCGGACCUCUCCCGCAGCGGGGACUGUCGAUAAUGUGACUCUCCUGUUUCUCGAAACUGUUUUCAGGACUUUGGGCUUUUUUGGCGCUUGCAGUUGUGUCUGCAUUCGAGACGGAGGAAACGAGCAUUUGUUGCGUGCUCCCCUCGUUUCUCAUCGCGGUCUUCCUAUAGGGGAGUGAAAAUCAUCCCCCCUCGCGUUCGAGCGCACUCGACUCUUUUCCCUAAGAACAGCAUGCUCGCGUCGCUCUUCCGCUUUUUUGGGUCCCCCUCCCCCGCGUUCUUCCUUUAGACUUCUGAUUUCUUUUUUUCGCGGGUUUUCCGCCGUUUGUGGCUCCCAUAUUUCGCCUCAGCGCGAGAGACCGCUCCGGUGUCUCGACGUUCGCUGGGUGCCUGUCCAGUUUCUCUUGCUGUCUUGCUGAAUUUUCUCAAUUUUUUUUCAAUAUCUGGGUGUCUGACCUCCCAAAGGUGUUUUCUUCUUGAGUGUACCGCGAAGAACGUUCCGAAAGGCGACGACGAGAGCUGUUUCUGCCCAGACAUCUGGGGUUUCCGCCGCCCGUUUCUGAGCAUGCGCUCCACAUAGGUCCGAGGCGUCUUUGGUUCGGCGUCUGCAGACCGAUGAAUGAAUUCUUGUUUCAACAGAAAGACUCGUAGUCGGUGUUCCAUUGUGGAGGAUGCGCUUGCGCUGCCUUUGAGAGGAAAGCUCGUGUUUCCGCGGCGCAAGUCUCCACAGCGGCAACUAUCGCCGGACGCUUCAAUGCAGGCAUCCCCCUAGACUAGCCGACGGCUUCCGUCUUUGCAGCCUCUGCUCGCCGCCUGGUUUCCCCCUCUGACUUGCGCGGGACCCCGUGAAACUCGCCUACAAACGUUCUCGUCGGGUGCUUUAUAAACCGAAAGUUUCGCUGUGUCUGCGCGGUCACCGAUGACGGCGGUAGCGUCGUCGGAGGUGCUCGGCCCCGCCCGGUCGGGAGCCUUGCCUUCCUCUCCAUCCAAAAGCUGGUCUUCUCCGUUUAUUUCUUCUUCCUACCUCCACAAACUCAUUUUCCUCUACCUCCGCAUCAAUGCUGACGAAACGCUCUCGGCGAAACUCAGGCACUGGCCUUCGGUGUGCUGUCACUGCUCUUCCCGCGUUCGAGUUUCCCUUCCACAUGCGGCGGUCCGCUCCUCUUCUCACGCGUCUUCCGUCUCUUCGUUGACAACGUGUGCGACUGGGAACAAGAGCGCAUGCAGCUACUGCGGAGCCGGAGCCGGAGGGGCGACAGAGCCGAUGGAGGAAACUGAGGACGCAGAUUCAGCCGCCUCCCGGCACCCUUGCUGCUUCUGCUGCUGUGUGAAGGACCCCAAAUGGACAGCCGAGGCAGACGCAGAGUUCUCAGCUCUGCGGGCGCAUCUCCUUCAGUUUGUGGCGCGUAGCGAAGCUUCUCCAAACCCAGGGGAGACGUCGCCUGCCGGUGAGACGGCGGAGACAGAAACUCCAGGCUUCUCUCCAUUGUCCAGUCAAUCUACGGGGGAAAAUCGAAUGCACGCGAGUUCCAGAGACUGCUCUGCCUUAUCGGCGCCUCUUUCUGGAGACCGAGCUAAGACCGACAAAAAAGGCGAGGAGACGGACGCCGGUGCCGGGGCAGGGCCGGAGACGAGUGAGCAGACCAGAGAACGCUUGGGCAGACUGCAUGCGUAUGCGGCGUCUGGACUACGCAAGGAGACGGAGACGCAAGGAAGCACGCUCGGCUCCGGACGGAUCGAGGAAGAGCAAAAGAUCACAGAGGACGAAACGAAGGGCCAUCGAGGCGUCUCUCCACUGGAACAAGAGACCCUGUGCAGCGAGGUGGUUUCGCCCUGUGACUGCGAAGAGGAGGCAACGCCCGUCGAGCAGGUGGAAAGCGACCAAGUGACGCCUGCAAAACCUGCCUGCGUCCGGGACGCCAGUGUCUGUACACAUGAGCAGACCAGGAACGACGACGGCGGCGUUCCAGACACGGAGGAAAACCGCGUUCAAGAAGAAGCGUCUGCUUUUUUCUCUGGAGAAGCGCGGAAGGCGGAGAGUUACAAACAUUUUUCUGUUUGUCGAGGACCGCAGAGUCGCGCAACAGAUGCUGAACUCGGAAGAACAAAUGUCUCUCCUGCAGGCCGCUCAGAGACAGGACGAGGGGCGUUGCCUUCUGAGCAGGCAGACGCGCCGCCUUGUCCCCCCUCUUCCCCCGCGAGUUCGUUUCUUGCGGACUGUGUCUCUGGACGCCAACAUGUCUCUCUGUCUCCUCUCGGCGUCUCUUCCUCGAGCGCGUGUCUAGACAGCGUCCCGGCGUAUCACUGGAACGCGCUUCCUCUGGUCUUGCCCGUUCCAUCUGCCUUUUCGUCUUUCCAGCACCUGGCAAGUCCCUGUGCGUCUCCGUCCUCUCCCGUGGCUUCGCCAUCCUCUCCCGUGGGUUCGCCGUCUGCGAAGUCACUCUUUUUUCGACCGUCUCCGUCUUCAGGUCCGGCCGAGGAGACUCCCCCGCAUGCGUCCUUCGCUCUCGCGCCAGUGGCUCCGUCGCCGCAGCUGUCUCCGUUCCCCGCGCGAUCCGCAUGCGCUCCGGGAGCUCCUGUGCGGAUCUACGUGGACGGCGUAUUCGACCUCCUGCACUCGGGGCACUUCAACGCGCUUCGCCAGGCUCGACAGCUGGGCGGGAAGUUGGUGGUGGGCGUCUGCAGCGACGCGGCGACUUUCGCGGCAAAGAAAGUCCGGCCUAUCUACACGGAGACGGAGCGAGCGGAAAUCGUUCGCGGGUGCAAGUGGGUCGACGAAGUGAUCGUCGGGACGCCGUACGAGGUGUCUGUCCACCUGCUCGAUCGACUGAACUGCGCCUUCGCGGCUCACGGCGACGAUUGGGUGGUUGGUGCCGACGGAGAGGACGCGUACGCGGGACCUCGGCAUGCGGGGCGCAUGAAGAUUUUUAAGCGCACCGAGGGGAUCAGUACUUCGACGAUUGUCUCGCGUCUCCUGCAGGCCACAGCUCACGUGGAGCAGCGCCAUACACUCACGCCUCUCCAGGCUGAAGGCCAGCUGCUGGACGCUGGCGAAGUGCAGAGCAAAAAGCCGUUGAGGAGCCAGGCGGUAACGCAGCCGACCCGCGUGCAACGCUUCGCGAGAGACUCUCUGAGAGAACAGAAGGAGAACUUGCUGGCUUGCUCCUGCAAGAAGAAACGCGAUAAGGACGAGGACGAGCGACGCCGAGGGCGAGCAGAGAGACUCGGGAAGAGGCGCGACGUCCACGCGGCGGACGCUCGCUCUCGGGACUGUUUAGACACCCGAGGAGGCGAAGAAGAAGAGCGGGGAGGCAGCGACGCGGCGUCUUCAGCGAAUUUGUCGAGUUUCUUCUGCUCGUCGAGCGACGAGGGCGGCCGCAGCAACGGCGAUAACUCGGCGCACAGAAGGAGACAGGAGUGGCGAGCGAGCUCAAGGGGGAGCGACGCGCGAGGCGUCAGCGUCGGAGACGGUGACGCGAGCCGGGAGACAGAAAGGAGAAGGGGAAACGUGGAGGAGCCGAGACAAAAGAAGUCCUGCUGCGCCGUUGGUGGCCGGCACCAUCGACCGCGGAAGCCUCAAGACCCUGAAGAACGCAGAAUGCUCAUGUCGACGAAGCGUCUCCUGCAGUUCAUUGGUCAACCGAAGCGUCCGAAAGCCGGCGGCAAAAUCGUCUACGUCGAUGGUUCUUUUGAUGUCUUUCAUGUGGGUCACCUGCGCAUUUUGGAGAAGGCGAAGCAGCUGGGAGAUUACCUGAUUGUCGGCAUCCACGACGAUGAGACGGUCUCGAGAAUCAAAGGUCCCGGGUUCCCUGUCUUGAAUCUACACGAGCGAGCACUCAACGUCCUCGCCAUGAGAGUCGUGGACGAAGUCAUCAUUGGAGCCCCGUGGGUGAUUCCACACUACAUGCUGAAGCAGUUUCAGAUCGAUGUGGUGGUGCGCGGGAGUCGCAUCGAUUCGAUCGCGUAUCCGUUUUCUGGAGACGCGAGUGGAGAGGGGGCAGGAGAGCCUGAGGCGCAGGCGGGCAGAAGAAAGGAGACGGAGGGUCGAGACAGCUCCUGCUCCCUCGCAGUUCUCUCCUCUGGCGAGGAAGACGAGGACGCGGUCGAUCCUUACCGCGUACCGAAGGAACUCGGCGUCUAUAGAGAAGUGGAGAGCUCCUCCUCCUGGACAACCAGAGCGCUCGUGGAGCGCAUUCUUGCCAACAGGGAGGCUCUGAUGGCAACCAUCGAAACCCGAUGCUCCAAGGAAGCAAAGUUCUGGCGCGAACAAGAGCAGGGACAGAUGGUGUCUCUGACAGAACUCUGAGGAACAGAGAUGUGGAUACGCGUAUGUAGAGAACGGGCUGUCCUGGAUACACUUGCCGUCCUUCCACAUGUUCUGUGAGCGCGCUCCAAGGGUCUGGUCCAGAUGACGGUGGUUCGACCUGUCUUCCGGGGUGCCCCAGUCUAGCCGGUACUUCGCUCUACGUUCUUUUUCGAGUGGUUUCCCCACGCAAGAAUUGCGACGGAGAAUCACGGGAGUGGAACGGAGUCGUGGAGAAAGGCGUUGAAGGCCAGCAGGACUUCUUGACGCGCUCUUCAAUCCUGCUCGUUCGCCUUCACAAGAUAAUUGAAAUGUGAAAAGGGGCACCCGCAUGAACAGCAAGCGCAACAGAACGAAGCAAAGACAGGAAAUCGUGUUUCGGGAAAGAGGGGAAGUUCCAGGGUCCGUUGGGGGGAGACAUGUUUUUCCACCUCCGCGUUUUUUACCGCCUGAGGUCUGAAGAAGACCGAGUUCGCGUUUCAUAUUUAACGUGCCAGCGUGCUCGGCUUUCUCCAUAGAGAAGUCGGUGCCCCUGCAGCGUGUCUUUUUUUCCACGGAGUUUGGUUUUUGUGUACGCUCCCACUUUCUGCCGGUUCUCCGUUUGUCGCCAAGAAGUGUGUUUUUCAGUGUUUCGCGUCUUCUGCAAUAGGACGCUUCGCUCGUUUUCGUGAGAGCGUGAACUCGAACGACGUCCUUUUGUGUACUUUCCAAGCACAAGGAACGAGUUUCAGUCUCUCCUUCUGUUGCUCCGAGCCCGCAGCUCACUCAACUGAGAACGAGAAUCCGUCUUUCGCUCCACCUACACAGUUUCUGUACUUGUCCUUUGGCCGAGGCUUCAAACAUAAUAGACGACUGAGAGAACCACGGACUCGCAAACACAACAGUGCGC